AACAGACAGUGGACCAAAUUUCACUACUGAGUAGUCACUGGAGUGGACCAGCACGGAGCAGCUUUUUAACUCACCACAGAAAUGUUAAAAGUGACAUUUUGAAGAAAUUCAACACCUUCACAGCGGAUCAAGAAGGCGAAAACAAAAGCUAGCAAAAACUGUGAUGAAAGAAAGGUUCUGGGUGCACACAUGAGAUACCUGUGAGGAAGAGGGACUGAGUCGAAUGCAUGUUCUGGAAGUCACGGUGUACAUAUCAAAACCUAAAAAACCCUUCUAGCUGUAGAACCUCAACAGAACCAUGAAGCUUACUGGGACUAUCCAUAAACUGGAGUACGCUCAUUCCAGCACAGACACGGAAGAUUUGAACAAUGUUAUGGUGAUACCACAGCAAACAAAUACAGACUUGCCAGUGUCAGCACCCACCUCAUCACUGUUACAGCCCAAUGGAGGUCGGACUCUGUGUUCCAUAUGUGCAGACAGAGCCACAGGUAAACAUUAUGGUGCAUCCAGCUGUGAUGGCUGCAAGGGCUUCUUCAGGAGGAGCAUUCGCAACAACCACGCUUACAGCUGUAGGUUCAACAAAGAAUGUAUUGUGGACAAAGACAAAAGGAACCAGUGUCGUUACUGCAGACUACGAAAGUGUUUGAAGGCUGGAAUGAGAAAGGAAGCUGUUCAGAAUGAGCGAGACUGCAUCAGCAGUCACAGAAGCAAAGGACAGACAGUGGGCACACUGUCCAUCAGUGUUCUGCUAGAGGCAGAGGCCAAUGUGCAACAGUCCCCAGCUCUGGUCUCACCUAGGAGUCAUGACAUCAACACCAAGAAGACAGCCUGCCUGAGAGAUGUGUUUGAAUCCAUGAAGCAGCAACUCCUCCUGCUGGUGGAAUGGGCAAAACACAUCCCAGAGUUUUGUAGCCUCACGAUAGACGAUAGGGUAACUCUGUUACGAACCCACUCAGCAGGACAUCUCAUCCUAGGGGCAGCAAGACGCUCUUUACCUUUUUACAAUCUCAUCCUCCUAGGUAAUGACUUUGUGAUCCCCCUGAGAGGUGCAGAGGUAGAGGUGUCCAGAGUGGCUUUGAGAAUCCAAGAGGAGCUGGUCAAACCUCUCAGACAGCUGGACAUAACAGACAAAGAGUUUGCUUGUCUCAGAACCAUUGUCUUCUUUGCCCCAGACUGUCCAGGUUUGGAGAGUCCUCGGGUGGUUCGACAUCUGCGUUUCCAGGCCCAUCUGCUGCUAGAAGAAGCAACCUGUGAGCAGCGAGGAAGGUUUGGGGAGCUCCUGCUCAUGCUACCUCCCCUGCAGAGUGUGGCCUGGCAGAUGGUGGAGACUCUCCACUUAGCACAGCUGCUGGGCGAAGCCAAAAUGGACAACCUGCUGCAGGAGAUGCUGCUGGGUGAGGGAGCCAAAGCAGGACAGGGACAGUGUACAGUAUUGCCAGCUCCAGUUUCUCCUCCUCCUUCAGGCCAUGGCCUGAUUCAAGACCAGCAAAAUGAGCAAAGGGCUUCACCUAUAAACUUCACCUCCGACAUCUCUCACCUUUCAACAUCUCUUUCAAUCGGCUUGCCUGCUGCCCCCACAGACUGGCACUGAGGUGUACAGACAUGCCGAUGUUGCCAAUGUGCCCACGGCAUACCAGUCCACACAUAGAGACACCUCAAGAAGCAACAACUUAACCAAGGAAUGGAGGGGUGUUUUGAGCUUGAGACAGAACACAGACUAACAUAUACACACACAGCCACAUACUCUACAAAGACACGGGAGAUCAAUGGAAUUUGAAUUUGAUUUGAAACAGGAACACAUGAAAUACUGAAUUAAUAACAUUUAGCAUGUCACAAGGUACAGUUAAAACAAAAAGUACAAUCUGAAAAGCAUGUAAAAUAAAUACAUACGUAAAUAGGAUAACAUUGCACUAAGCUAUAACUAAGCAUAAUUCACUCAUUCCUAUCACAUCUCCGAUGUGUUUGACUUAAACUUAAUCUUGAAGUGAAGGUCCUAGACAUUAUCAGCAGAGGGCGCACAAAUCCUAUUCAGAAACAGAUUUGUUGGUCCCUGUGAGGCAACCUUUUCUUUGUGAUAAAAACAUUCAGUCAUGUGGUCAAAGAUGUGCAUCUGAAUGCAGAAAUGGUUAUAAUUUAAAGGUCAACUCACUAUAGUGAGGAUUUAAGUUUAAAAAAAUCACAACCAUUUUGACUUAAAGAACACUAAGUGGAAUACAAGAAUACUGGUUGUGGAUAGUGUCCCACCUUGAUGACCAGAAAUUUGCCAAGCAUUAUGUCACAGUGAGAUGAUGAAGGAUGAGGUGCCUCAGCAGCACAGAAGCUCAGAUGAACUGCAAUGACUCAGUAUAACUUGAUGACAAAAGUGUGUUCUGCAUAAUGAAACCGUUUCUCUUUCUAGGUUCUCUGUUUGUUUUUCAUAUGUUAAUUAAUGAAUACCUACAAAAACAGAGAAAGAAAUCCAUCCUUUAUUGUCCCCUGAUGCCGGUGGCAACCAUAUCCACAACAGUGGGUAUAAUCUAAACAACAUAUUGGUUGUUAAUUCUUAAAAAAUACUCAUGCAUCACAGAAAUCAGGUUAGCUAAAUAGUGACGUGUACUCUUUCCAUUUGAAACUGUAUAAGGCCUGUUACAUUUCGCCUGAACCCAGUAAGUGGAGGAAUCUCUGAUGUUAUAAUAAGUUAUGUACAAUACCAUAAAGCUAAGUGGUUCAAUGUAAUGAGAGAGGGGGGAUAAAAGCUGCCUCUUCACAGACAGUGGAAGUCUUCUUCAAAGUUCACAUUUAACUGACUGACAUAUACUGUAUAUGCUUGGCCUGCACUUAUGUCUGCCGCAUACAGCGGGUUAGCUCGUGUAGACGGUCCAAAUUCCUCUCAACUGAAGAGCGACAUAUCGCUGUAGCAAUGGGACAAUGUGGAGGACAGCAUGGACAGAUCAGGUCAAGAUGAGAUAUGCAGCUGCAGCUAUUAAGCAUCCAUAUGGAAAGUAUUUACAAGGGAUGCAAGUUUAUCAUAAGUAAAUGUGAAGAAGUUACCCAUAUUUUUUACCCAUAUUCAUAUGAUAUUUUGCCUCUGUGCCUGUGGCUUUCUCUGGGUGCUCUCGGGUUUACUGUUACAAUUCAAAGACAUACUAAUUUAAGUGGAUUGGAGAAUGAAAAUAGCCCAGUCUGCAGGUACAAUAUAAAUGUGAGUGGACAUUGAUUUCUGAAUGCACCUGCUGGACACAGACACAGCAGCACGAGGGGUCAGAGAGGGUCCCAAAACCAGUGACUCUGAAAUGCCUGUUAUUAUCUAUUUUAUUUGGAAGGUUGAAGAACUCACUCAAACGUAGGGAUGUCUAGAUUACAUUUGUUUGCUCCUGAUCCUUAAUUAUUGAGCUUCUGCUGAGUCUGAUUCAUUUUUAUUAACAUCCAUACAAUUAGAUUUUUGUACUUAAUACAGCUGCACAGUGCAUAUUUAAGCUACAGUAAGGACUCAUCCUUGUCCAUGGAGCUCGCUCUACCAUGUGAACUAACUGGUGCCUCAAAAACACCACAAAAAAGGAAUCAUAUGACAAAUGGACUAAUGGACAAAUAAAUGAGUAAGUGAAUUAUUAGUCCGCCAAGAGCACUUUCAGAAUCAGAGAAACAUGUUUUGUACCCGGCAGGUGUUUAAAAAAGGCCAUAUUUUCCACCACUACAGAGGGAAAGCUAUAUUUUGACAUCGUCAGAUAGCAGAGCUGUACACUCCUCAACUUGCUGCAAUCAACUGACGUGACCUUCCUGUUCCAUGUGCUACAUCUGGCCUUUACCAUCACUUUCCUGGAUGUAAAUUCAAAAAAGUUAUGAUCUUUUUUACUUGCUCAUCAACAACUCUGUCUGAGAUUUAGGUUAAGAUGUCUCUGUUGACCUGCAUUCACCAUUAGCAUCCUCCCUAGGCAAAAUCUCUGUUUCAUCAUGUUGGAGAAAACUUGGAUGCAAAACAUGCAUAUGCAUAAUGGACAUUCUAUAAACAAAUGUAUGCUCCUUGAAA